AUGUAUCAACAAAUCUUACAGGACUGCAUUCUUCUUGUACAUUAUUAUUUUAUUAAGAGGGAAGAAGUCUCACCUGUGAUGCUGGGUCCAGCCGACAACCACACAAUGGAAACCCCUGCCUCCUUCAUCCUUGUGGGUAUCCCAGGACUGCAAUCUUCACAUCUUUGGCUGGCUAUCUCACUGAGCGCCAUGUACAUCAUAGCCCUGUUAGGAAACACCCUCAUCGUGACUGCAAUCUGGAUGAAUUCUGCUCUACAUGAGCCCAUGUAUUGCUUUCUGUGUGUUCUGACUGCUGUGGACAUGGUUAUGGCCUCCUCAGUGGUACCCAAGAUGGUGAACAUCUUCUGCUCAGGAGACAGCUCCAUCAGCUUUAAUACUUUUUUUGUUCACUUAGCCACAGCUGUGGAGACAGGCCUGCUGCUGGCCAUGGCUUUUGACCACUAUGUAGCCAUCUGCAAGCCCCUACAUUACAAGAGAAUUCUCACACCUCAAGUGAUGCUGGGAAUGAGUGCGACCAUCACCAUCAGAGCUGUCAUAUUCAUGAUUCCACUGAGUUGGGUGUGUCAUCUACCUUUCUGUGGCUCCAAUGUGGUUCUUCACUCCUACUGUGAGCACUUAGCUUUGGCCAGGUUAGCAUGUGCAGACCCCAUGCCCAGUAGUCUCUACAGUCUAAUAGGUUCCUCUAUUAUGGUGGGCUCUGAUGUGGCCUUCAUUGCUGCUUCCUAUGUCUUGAUUCUCAGGGCAGUAUUUGGGCUCUCCUCAAAGAAUGCUCAGUUGAAAGCAUUAAGCACAUGUGGCUCCCACGUGGGGGUUAUGGCUUUGUACUAUCUACCUGGAAUGGCAUCCAUCUAUGCGGCCUGGCUGGGGCAGGAUGUAGUGCCCUUGCACACCCAAGUGCUGCUAGCUGACCUGUACCUGAUUAUCCCAGCCACCUUAAAUCCCAUCAUCUAUGGCAUGAGGACCAAACAAUUGCGGGAGAGAAUAUGGAGUUAUCUGAAGCACUUCCUCUUUGAUCACUCCAACUUGGGUUCAUGAACAUAAUAUCUGUUCAGAUCUGAAGCCAACUUCAAAGAAAGAUGUCUUAGGGAUCUGUGGAGCUGGAUUGGUUUACCUCGGAAUCCUAAGAUAAGGUGUAAAGGAUAUCUUUGCAUAGCUUUUCAAUUACUAGGAGGAGUGUGAAUGAAAUGCUUCUGAUUUUCUGAAAGUUUCAGUGGAUUCAAUCAACUUGAUCUGAAUCAGAGAUAAGUUUUGGUAGAGAAUGCAGAUUUGGUGGAACUUAAGUCCACCUAAUCUUUAGCAAUUGUUAGGUUAGCCUGACAAGGCACAGAUCUUAUUCUGGCUUCCCCCUCAUCAUCCCUCAAAAUAAAAGACAACAAAAAGACCAGUCACCAUUCGUUUCAUGAACUACUAUGUGUCCACUUAGGAUCUGGGGAACUGAGAGCAUAAAACAGUGUUUCUUAGUCUUUCAUAUUUCCAAAUAGUUAUGCAUUUUUGCAUUAAAAUAAU